AUGGAACGACAAGAUGAAGAUUUGUCUUUACAUUCAAAUUCUACAGAGAGGGGUGCUGGGGAAGAAGAUGACGCUGUGGAGGUUGAGGUGGACUGUGAUGGGGCUGCUGAAGUGGAGGUUCUAUUGGAUGAUAUCAGUCCUAUUCUAACUGAAUGGACAACAAGGCUAUUGCAAAAGUUAGAUGUUAACUCCAAUUCAAAUUCCCAAUUGCUAGAUGACUGCAUACGUUUUCCAGAAGUUAUGAUAGCCAGCUGUUACAAUAAAUUCUGGUCUGUUACAGAAUUUAAGAUGCAAGAUGAGAGGGUAUUUCAUGAUCCGCUCCUUUGCAGCCCCGAUAUUUGUCCAGAACUAUACAAGAGGGAUGAGUGA